AUGGAUUUCAAGAGAGAGACAAAGGUCAAGUCAGAGAUCGAGGAUGAGAACUUGUGGGAGGUCAGGGAGUACAAAGAGGAGGAGUUGGAGAGAGAGUUCGAGAAGGAAGAAGUCAAGGAGAAAGGAGUAAAGAAGGAAGUCAAGGAAGAGAAUAAAUGGCUCAGCGUUCAACCUCCAGCACAGUUCCGCCAACAAGAGAUCGACGAUCCGGACGAACCUCUGCGUCAACAACAAGUCAUCCGCCUCUUCCAACACCGCCGCCUCCAUAUGAACCGUCAAUCCCUCGUAUCUACCUUUGGAAAUGGUAUAGAUGAUCCAAAAUUCACCUUUGAUAGGGUCGAUUCUUACAACAAUAUCGGCGACCGGCCCUUGGCUGUCGUACUUCAAGGUGUUUUCCGACCAAUUGUUCUGAGUGAUUUUGCUGUUGGAUUCCAGCGCCGCUUCGAGAUCUAUCCUGGGUAUGAGGAUGUGUUUUGCAGACAGUUGGAGAAACUUGAUGAUCUGCGCUGGCUGGUUCCGAUUUGGUACGCUGAGGAUGUUUCGCCACUGGAGUAUUGGAGUCAAUCUGAGUUGGAGGUCAGUCAACAACGUCUUCCUAUGAAUUGUUUCCACCUACAGCGGUCACAUGGGAGCAAAAAUGAUAGAUCGCCCAGGUCCGUACAACUGCUUGCUCAUGUGCAGCUCAGAACGGACGAAUUUCUUGUAGUAGCAGUUGCUUCGGAAAUGGUGUAA